AUACGCAUGCGCAUUGUCCUAGCUUCAUGUUGUCAAGUAUGGAGAACUACAAGAUUUUGGAACAACUUGGCAAAGGUGUUCAGUUCACUAUUCUGAAAGUGGAAAGUAAAAUAGAUGGCAAAACGUAUGUCAUCAAGAAGGUUGAAUGCCAUGAUGAAAGUCAAGCAAAUUUAGCCUUUCGAGAGGCUGUUACUUUACAAGCUUUAGAUCACCCAUAUACCUCAGGAUACAAGGAGUUUUUUGUGACAUGGGAAAAAGAGAAUUCCUCUAUGUACAUGAUCAUUGUUAUGGAUUACUUUCCCAAGGGUAAUCUUGGUCAUGUGGUCCAGAAAGCCAGGGAAGAGAAACAAGCUAUUCCAGAGGAGACUUUAAAAAAGUACAUCGGACAACUAAUGGAAGCCCUUGUAUAUGUACACAGUAAAAACAUACUGCACAGAGAUUUGAGGGUGAAUAAUGUGUACCUAGUGGAGGAGCCCUUGCUCCAGGAGGACAUCCUGAUUCUGGGAGACUUCGCCGUGGCAUCCGUCAUGUGUGACACGCGCACCUGUACCAGGCGAACCAGUAGGUUGACAAAUUACCUGGCUCCUGAGUUGACAGAACUUGGAGCUGACUUCAGCGAGUCGACCGAUGUGUGGUCCCUGGGUUGUAUCCUAUUUGACUUGACCACAGCCUCCUUUCUGGAUGAAGCUGAGGCCGUCACUAAACUCGGGGAGGUCAGAGAAGACCCAUACAAACUGGAGGAAGUAUUUGAGGAUGUUGCAAAGAAUUUUUCUGGAGACUUAAUUAAUCUGAUUCGUGUUUUACUGAAGAGAAAUAAUAGACCCACUGCAAAAGAUCUUGUUGAGAAAAAUGUUUAUGUGAAAAGUUGCAUUGAGAAAAGUGAUGCUUCACAGUUAGAGAAAAGGAAACGACAGAAGUCAGGAAAACGAGUGAAGGGUCCUGUUCCAAAAGACGGAAACGUAUUAAAAGUGAUGGAGUACAUCGCUACCAUGGUGGACUUUGAGGAUUGUGUAGCGGAGGCACUGGAGUACCUAGUGGAUCUCUCCAAACAAGAUGAAAACUUCCAGCUGGACAUCAAUGGCAAGAGAAUGAUCAAGGCAGCCAUGAGGAAUAAUCUUCCAGUCAAAGAAAUCCAGACAGCCGGAUGUAAUCUACUUAACACUCUGGUCAUAUCAGCUGACAAAGAUGAUGUUAUGUUUACUGCGGAGAUCAUAUCUGUCAUUCCCUUGGGCAUGGAGGAACAUGAGGAUUUUGUUGAAUUACAACAGGUGGCCUGUACCUUACUCAUGGCAAUAGCUGCCCAAGAUAAUGCUGCCAGUAUAGCUGGUUUGUAUGGCGGUAUAGAGAGGGUGUUGUCAGCACUGGAUAAACACAUCAGCAACCCAGAGCUCUGUUCCACUGCUUGUCACGCCCUCUGGAGUCUCGCUGUCAAUGAAAAUAAUGUGAAGAUUGCUUCAGAUGUCAAUGCAAUGGACAAAGUGUGUAAAGCUCUCAGACUCCACAUGAAUUCAGCGGAGGUUGCCGAGGCCGCCUCAGCAGCCCUUCUUUCCCUCACGCUCAAUGAUAAAAAUUUUGACUUCAUUGGUGACCUUGAAUGUGUGGCCCUUCUUAUUAAUGCCAUUGACACGCACUCCAAAAAUGCCAAGGUGGUCAAGAAUGCCUGUCUUGCUUUGGCCAGUCUUGUAGAACCUGAUGAGGAGAGUGCCUAUAGAGUUCUAACAGAUGAGGCACCAGAUGGAGGUCACAUUGCUGGUGUUCCAAAGAUAAUUAAAGCAUAUGAGCUGCAUAAGGACAAUGCGGAAGUGGUGGCCAGCAUUGUUACCUUGGUAAUGGAACUUGCAGAGUAUGAUGAAAUAUGUAUUGACUUACAAAGUUACAAAGUUAAAAGUACAUUGAGAGAAGUUCAACAAAAAUUUGUUAAGAAUGAGGACAUCAUGGGUCCUUGUGAGAAGGCUCUGUCUAAACUGCAACAACCCUCUUCAUCACAGAAAAUCUCAGCAUAAUGAUAUAUCAUAUGUCACCCCCACCCCCCCUACUUUUUCUCACCAGCGCAGGAGUUCCGACAGUUCCAUGCUCACAUAGGGAACACCAAUGUUGAUGGACUGUGACUGGUGCCAGAUUUUAAUACAGUUUAUGUUAAGGCUAGGGACAUGAUAUCGAUAUUUAUCGUUGACUAUGUUAGGCAUUGUUUUGAUGUAUUAUGUACUGAUCUGUGAUAUGUUUUUAAGAUUUUGCAUUUUAAUGUAAAAUUGUUUGUAUCUGAUGCAAAAUGACUGUUAUAAUUUUACACAGAAUAAAUUUAAACAUGUUGUACAA